CGACUCCUUGGCAUAGAGGAGAACAUUGCUGUGUCAACAUUUGGAAAGACGUCUGGCGUACCUCUUCAUCUCACCAACCAAUAUAAUAAAGUGAAAAAUCUUUUGUUGUCACUGAAGCCGGAGGGGCCAAGUCCGUUGUUCGAAGGAAUACACAUGGCACUGGCAGCAUGCGAGGGAAAUGGGAGACGCGUCACAAUGAGUGGAAUCCCAGUUGGUACCAGAAUUAUACUGAUAUCUGAUGGCAAAGGGACACCCGACCAAUGGCGUCUGAGUGAAGACAAGGUCGACCCCAACAAUGCAAAGGCCAAGAUCUUGGUCAUUUCAAAUAUGAUCGCCGCGGGUCAACUAGUCAAGUCAUCUGGUCAUACUGUUUAUUCUGUUCCUGUUGGAGAUUACACGGAAGGACCUCUGGAACGAGUAGCUAGGUUAUCUGGCGGAGAAGUCAUUAGGCGCCAUGAGCUUGGCCGACUGAUUCAACACGCACAACAUCAGAGCGAGGCUGCGAGCGUCGUCCAUCAGUGUAGGGGUCUUGAUGAAGAUGUCGACCGUGAGCCUUUUCUUAGGGCCUUUAUCGAUGUCAAGUCGACAACUCCUGGGGAAUCAAACUAUGUUCAGAGCAAGAUGGACGUUCUUACCUUGGCAUUGAAGUACAAUCAGCGUCAGGAUACAGGACUUGGCUAUUUUGGCGAUAAGGGUGACGUUAUGGAAGAAGUCAACUCGUACAUGCCGUGUAUUGGAAAGCGUGUACGACGCGGUCCGACCUGGCACUGGGGAAAUCAGGACAAUGGAGGCCCCGGGACUGUUGUUGGCCAUGAUUCCGAUAGCAUGGUCUGGGUAGAAUGGGAUAUAUCUGGUAACAGGAACGUUUACCACUACGUUCGGGGGUAUCAUGACGUCACUGUGGUGGAGGAGGAGAGAACAUUGACGGCGGACGAGGAUAUAGGUGUUGGAUGUAAAGUUAAACGAGGUAAGGACUGGACGUUUGGAGAUCAGGAUGGGGGUGACGGAACAGUGGGUGUUGUUUGCCGGGUUAUUCCUGCACGAUUUGUUCAU